AUGUUCACAGAGCUGAGGUCCAAGCUGAGCCCUCCGAGAGGCCGCGCUGGGGCGGUGAGGACGAGCUUCGGGGACCGCAGAGAUGUGGACGCUGCUGCACAUUUCAGCUUCUGCCGGAGUCUUUUGGAGCACACUGUGUCUGCUGAGAACCUCCCCUGCCGGCUACAGCGGGCACCAGGCUCCAGCCUCACUUGGCAUGACAGUCGGAGCCAACGAGCUGCAGGAGGCCGAACGGUCAAGCUCCUGCAGCAGCCGGGCACUGAAACACAGCAGGGCCGGCACUAUGACCACUAUGGGUUCUACCACACCAGCCCCACACUGGGUGGCCUGAUGCGGCCUGUGGUCCUGUGGAGCCAGCAAGAUGUCUGCAAGUGGUUGAAGAAGCAUUGUCCCCACAACUACCUCAUCUACGUGGAAGCCUUCUCCCACCAUGCCAUCACUGGUCGGGCACUGUUGAGGCUGAAUGCAGAAAAGCUUCAGCGCAUGGGGCUACUACAGGAGGCCCAGAGACAAGAGGUGCUGCAGCAGGUCCUACAGCUGCAGGUACGAGAAGAAGUCCGGAACCUGCACUUGCUGAGCCAAGCUUCCUUCGGAAACAUCUCCUAG